CGAACGGUGGCCCCCCCGCCCCCCCCGUCGAAUCGAAUUCCCGCGCCCCUUCGGAGUUGGGGGGCUCCGCCCGCUGCAUGCCCGGGCGGCGAUCGCGGCGGUGGCUGGGUCCUCCGGCGGUCGGGUUCCGCCGCGGGGGGGGGGGGAGGCUCUCUGACCGGUGAAGCGCGCUCUGCAUGGCGUGAUCGGCAGCGUUGUCUUCUUCUUUCUUUCGUUCUGGAGGGGGACCGGACUGGCUUCGCCUCGCGUUACGCGCGCGCGCCCCGAGGCUGUCGACAGGUGAAAUUGUACUAAAUCAGAAGAUAUAAUCAUCAGAAGUAGGUUUUCUAGAUCAAUUGAUGGCUCCGGAUGUUAAGGUGCGCCAGGCAUUUGCAGCCACGAGGGCUUUGGGCAUUCCUGAUGAGGAGGUGAAGCCAAUUUUGAAGCAGCUUUUAAGAGUUUACAACAAAAAAUGGGAACUAAUAGAAGGAGAGAAUUUCCGGACACUCAUAGAUACAUAUUAUGAGUCCAAAGAAAAUAAGAAUAUAGGUGAUGGAAAUGGGAGUACUGCAGGGCAAGAUGGUUGUGAAAGACCAUCUAAGAGGCUGCACUUGGAACAGCAGGAAAACCAAGUUUUUGUUAGUAUGAAAAAUGUAGCUUCAGAAGAUCAUGAACUAUCAACUUCCAACGGAUUUGUGGAGUCACCACAACAAAGUUUGAGAGAUGGAACCCACCAUAAUUCCCGACUGCUUCACGUGCAGCACAGUAACUCAUUGAAGCAGACAAGUUCUUCUCAUCCUUUGAUGAAAAGUGACGUGAUGGCUUCUAGGAAAGCAUCCUCUCCAACUUUAAGUGAUAACUCAACAGGGGAGGUUGGACUAGGUCAGAUUUCGGUGGAAGGUCUGCAUGGUAAAAUUCGUAAGAAAGAGCUUAGUAGGUCAAAUGCAUGUUCUGUCGCAACAUUGUCUCCUUUGAUUGAGCCUACCCGACUCGGCCAUUCAGAGCAACAUUCUCCAUUGGACUCAGAAGUUAAAUCGUCUCCUGGCAUCAUAAGAAAUAUCUCAAACUCCAAUGGGAUUACUGGUCCAAACACAAAGGUUCUAAGCUAUUCAGGAAAGGACUCAGAAGUUUUAAACCCAAUUGCUAGUUCAAGUUCAAGCGGUCCCGCCAAUGUUCGUCGCCGUCAUUGCAGUUUGGUCAGAAAAGGCCGUUUCAGUGACUUCACUGACAUAACAAAAGGUGCUGAAAAAGUGAAAAUUUCUCUGGCAGAUGAUCCUAGCAACGAGCAACUUCCUGCCUUUAAUUACAUACCACAUAACAUAAUUUACCAAAGUGCUCAUGUGCAAUUUUCACUGGCUCGUAUUGCGGAUGAGGACUGCUGUUCAAGUUGUAUGGGUGACUGUCUCUCCUCAAGACUGCCAUGUGCUUGUGCCCGUGAAACUGGUGGGGAGUUUGCCUACACACCAGUAGGUCAGCUCAAGGAAGAGUUUCUAGAAUCUUGUAAAUCGACAAAAGUGAAUCCCCAAGAGAAGGAUUUUGUUUACUGUCAAGACUGCCCAAUAGAGAGGUCUAGGAAUGAGUCAAGACCUGAAAAAUGCAAGGGCCAUCUGAUUCGCAAGUUCAUUAAAGAAUGCUGGAGAAAAUGUGGAUGUGAUAUGCACUGUGGAAAUAGAAUAGUACAGAGAGGAAUAACGUGUAAGUUGCAAGUUUUCUUAACUGAAGAAGGAAAAGGCUGGGGUGUCAGAACACUUGAGGAAUUGCCUAAGGGAACAUUUGUUUGUGAAUAUGUGGGGGAAAUAGUGACAAAUACAGAGCUAUAUGAUCGUAAUAUGCAAAAAAAUGUUCAUGAGAGACAUACAUACCCAGUAAUGCUUGAUGCAGAUUGGGGAUCAGAAGGACACUUGCAGGAUGAAGAGGCUCUGUGUUUGGAUGCGACGUAUCAUGGCAAUGUUGCCAGGUUCAUUAAUCACAGAUGUUUUGAUGCAAACUUGAUUGAUAUCCCGGUUGAAGUAGAGACACCUGAUCGACACUAUUAUCAUCUUGCGUUUUUCACUACCCGAACAGUUGGUGCUUUUGAAGAGUUGAAUUGGGAUUAUGGUAUUGAUUUUGAUGAUGAAGAUCAUCCUGUGAAGGCCUUCAAAUGCUGCUGCAAAAGUUCACAUUGCCGAGAUAUGAAAAGAAGGAAGUAGAUCAAGAGUUGUGACUCUCACCCGACGACCGGUCACCGACCUAGCUGUACAAAAUUCCAUCAGGAUAGGUUUCUAGCGGCAAUAUAAGCAGGGCUGGCCCUGGGGUUCUUUACCGAUGGCAAAUGACCAUGGCUUACCAGCUCGGACAAUAUUUUUCGCCGGUUAAGAAUUAGGCAGAUAUUUGAUGCCUUGGAGACUUUGCAUUCUGCUGUGGGAGGGUUGGGUAUAUACUUCGUCAGCUUGAGUCCAGCUGGCAAAGUGCGAAAAUGCCCGCACGAAGGGUGUGGCAAGCGUCUAAUUAACUCGUGACCUCGACCGUGAGACAUGUUUGUUGGGCGAUUCCUGGGCUUUGGCUGCACAUUGUUCUAAAUCUAGGACAUCGGUAGUUCUUUUAAAUGUGUACAUCCGUGAUUUUCGAGUGAUUAA